CCAAAAGGAAAGACGACAGUAAUAUCACAUUAAAUUAUCAUUUAAGUCCUUGACCAAUAUGGAAGUCACAAUACAAAUAUUAAAGGAACAUCUGGAUUCAGUGCUAAGAGAAGAAAAAUUGAGUGGUUUUGAUGGAGCUUGUAAUUCUUGUCCCAUGUUCUUUAUUCCUCAUAGCUUUAAUCAAGUUCCUUUAUGAUUACUUGUGGGUGCCUCUUAGUAUACAGCAUAUGCUGAAUUCUCAGGGAAUCAAAGGACCUCCUUACAGAUUCAUCCAUGGCAACAACAAGGAAAUUAUCAAAAUGAGAAAGGAAGCUAUGAGCAAACCUAAGGCCUUGACGCAUGAUAUGUUUAUCAAAUUGCAGCCACAUACGCACUCCUGGAUCAAAGAAUAUGGGAAGAAUUUUGUGUAUUGGAACGGUGUUCGAGCUGAACUGGUGAUUUCAGAAGCUGAAUUAGUCAAAGAGGUUAUGAAAAAUAGUUUAAAUGUUUUUCCAAAAGCGAAGCCAUCAGUUUAUGUUAGCAACCUACUGGGAAAUGGGCUUGUGAUGAUCGAGGGUGAAAAAUGGGUGAAACAUCGCAAGUUAACGAAUCAUGUUUUUCAUGGGGAAAGUUUAAAGGUAAAGCCAUCAAUGGGGAAAGUUCAGGUGGGGAAGCUAGUUUUGCCAGCUAAUAUAAAUCUUCUUAUUGCAAAGGCUGCACUUCACCAUGACCCUCAAUUAUGGGGAGAUGAUGUGCAUCUUUUUAAACCGGAAAGAUUCGCUGAUGGGAUUGCCAAAGCUACCAAUUACAAUGCUGCUGCAUUUUUCCCCUUUGGAUUGGGACCCCGAUUUUGUGUUGGUAUGACCUUUGCAACCACAGAAACCAAGAUUGCUCUCUCCAUGAUUCUACAACGCUACUCCUUUACCCUCUCCCCUGCCUAUGUCCACUCACCAGUGACUAUUUUCACCCUUAAACCAGAACAUGGAAUUCAAGUAAUAUUUGAAUCACUGCAUAAUGGUGCUUAAAGUACACAGUUUCCAACAACUCAGAGUUUAACUUAGUUGGUUCAUGUAGAUAGUUCAUGUUCACCUUUAAGAGAUGACAUUUAAUAUGUCUAAGGUUCAAGCAUUUGCAACCUGUUUAUUAUUCCCAAGCUCUUCCCUCUUUUAUGGAAAAUGAAAUGCAUGCAAUCAAUUAAAAGAGAA